AGGUAAAAAUUAAUAGUGGGAAAAUGGCACGACCCGAAUAAAGACAUGUACUAAGUACAGUGGAGUGUUUUCCACUCUUCUCGUUAUGAGGUUUAUACUAAUACUACGUCACUAGUAAUAGUGCCAACCAACGGUCAGCUACCAAACCAUCUUGAGCAUGAUAUCAGUAGAAGUGUACUCCCUUCUUAUAGUUCGUUCUUAUUCAAUUUCCUUUUAUUCAUCCUUGGAAAAGAGGAGGAAUUGGUAAUUCUUCUCCUCAUUUCUUGGGAAGUAAAUAAACCUUUCAAAAUCUUGCCUUACUAGAUUUGAAGACUAAAUCAUGGCUGAGGAGUUGGAGAAGCCGUUGCUUGAUCCCGAUAAUUUUAAUAGGGAAGGAGUUGAUUUGGAACGAUUACCCUUGGAAGAAGUUUUUGAGCAACUAAGAACAUCGCCGGAAGGACUCUCAUCCAAUGAUGCUGAAGCAAGAUUGACAAUCUUUGGUCCUAACAUGCUUGAAGAGAAGCCAGAGAACAAAAUAUUGAAAUUUCUUAGUUUUAUGUGGAAUCCAUUAUCAUGGGUCAUGGAAGCUGCUGCUGUGAUGGCAAUUGCCCUUGCUAAUGGUGGAGGGCAAGGUCCAGAUUGGCAAGAUUUUGUAGGGAUUAUCUGCCUACUAAUAAUCAACUCCACAAUAAGUUUUAUAGAAGAAAAUAAUGCUGGAAAUGCUGCUUCAGCCCUCAUGGCCCGUUUAGCUCCAAAAACAAGAGUUCUCAGAGAUGGCCAGUGGCAAGAGAAAGAUGCAGCAAUCCUAGUACCAGGAGAUAUAAUUGGUAUAAAGCUUGGAGAUAUUAUUCCAGCUGAUGCUCGCCUGCUAGAAGGGGAUUCAUUAAAAAUUGAUCAGUCAGCUCUUACUGGAGAGUCUCUACCAGUCACUAAGAGAACAGGUGAUGAGGUGUUUUCUGGUUCAACCUGCAAGCAUGGAGAAAUUGAAGCUGUUGUUAUAGCAACUGGAGUUAACUCUUUCUUUGGAAAAGCAGCACAUUUAGUUGACUCAACAGAAGUUGUUGGACAUUUUCAGCAGGUCCUUACCUCCAUUGGAAAUUUCUGCAUUUGUUCUAUUGCUGUAGGAAUGAUUCUGGAAAUCAUUGUCAUGUUCCCUAUACAGCACCGCUCUUACAGGGAUGGAAUCAACAACCUUCUUGUUCUCUUAAUUGGAGGAAUACCCAUAGCUAUGCCUACAGUGUUGUCUGUGACACUUGCUAUCGGUUCUCAUAGACUCUCUCAACAGGGUGCCAUUACAAAAAGGAUGACAGCAAUUGAAGAAAUGGCAGGCAUGGAUAUCCUCUGCAGCGAUAAAACUGGAACUCUUACCCUGAACCGCCUCACUGUUGAUAGAAACCUCAUUGAGGUUUUUCACCAAAAUAUGGACAAAGACACAAUUAUCUUGCUAGCAGCCAGAGCAUCAAGGCUGGAAAAUCAGGAUGCUAUUGAUGCAGCCAUUGUCAACAUGCUCGCCGAUCCAAAGGAGGCCCGUGGAAACAUUACGCAAGUACACUUCUUGCCAUUCAAUCCAGUGGACAAGCGCACCGCAAUUACAUACAUCGAUUCUGAUGGUAAUUGGCACAGAGCCAGCAAAGGAGCUCCAGAACAGAUCUUAAAUCUUUGCCAAGAAAAACAUGAGAUUGCUGCUAAAGUGCAUACCAUAAUAGACAAAUUUGCUGAAAGGGGAUUGCGGUCCCUUGGAGUUGCUUAUCAGGCAGUUCCAGAGAAAACCAAGGAGGGUCCUGGAGGUCCUUGGACAUUUUGUGGACUCUUGCCUUUGUUUGACCCUCCAAGACAUGAUAGUGCAGAGACCAUUCGUAGAGCACUAAACCUUGGAGUCUGUGUAAAGAUGAUUACAGGUGACCAGUUGGCAAUAGCAAAGGAGACUGGGAGAAGACUUGGGAUGGGAACGAACAUGUAUCCUUCUUCUUCAUUGCUAGCUCGUGAUAAAAAUGAACAUGAAGCUCUCCCGGUGGAUGAGCUCAUUGAAAAGGCUGAUGGUUUUGCAGGCGUAUUUCCUGAACACAAAUAUGAAAUUGUGAAAAAUUUACAAGAGAAGAAACAUGUAGUGGGAAUGACUGGAGAUGGGGUAAAUGAUGCACCUGCUUUAAAGAAAGCAGAUAUUGGAAUAGCAGUUGCUGAUUCUACAGAUGCUGCAAGAAGUGCUGCUGAUAUAGUCUUAACUGAGCCUGGUUUAAGUGUGAUUGUCAGUGCAGUCUUAACUAGCCGAGCUAUAUUCCAACGAAUGAAAAAUUAUACAAUAUAUGCAGUCUCUAUAACGAUUAGGAUUGUGCUUGGCUUCGUGCUACUUGCAUUGAUUUGGGAGUAUGACUUCCCACCAUUCAUGGUUUUGAUUAUAGCAAUACUCAAUGAUGGAACCAUCAUGACAAUCUCCAAAGAUCGAGUAAGGCCCUCUCCAAGGCCUGACAGUUGGAAGCUCAAAGAGAUUUUCGCAACAGGCGUUGUCAUUGGCACAUAUCUUGCACUGGUGACUGUAUUAUUUUACUGGCUCAUAAUUGACACCACCUUCUUUGAGACACAUUUCCAUGUAAGAUCAUUGUCCAGCAACAGUGAAGAAGUCUCAUCUGCUGUGUAUCUGCAAGUCAGCAUAAUCAGCCAGGCUCUUAUAUUCGUUACUCGUAGUCAAAGUUGGUCUUUCCUAGAGAGACCAGGAGCUCUUCUGAUGUGUGCUUUUGUUAUUGCCCAACUGGUGGCUACCUUAAUUGCUGUCUAUGCACAUAUCAGCUUUGCUUACAUUAGAGGCAUUGGAUGGGGAUGGGGUGGAGUCAUAUGGCUAUAUAGCCUCAUCUUUUACAUACCCCUUGACAUUAUCAAGUUUGCAGUUCGGUAUGCUUUGAGUGGAGAAGCUUGGAAUCUAUUAUUUGAUAAAAAGACUGCCUUUACUACUAAAAAAGACUAUGGAAAGGAAGACCGUGCAGCUAAGUGGGUACUUUCUCAGAGAAGUCUCCAAGGGUUGAUGUCUUUAGAUUUGGAAAACACAGGAAGGCGUAAGUCUUCGAUGAUUGCAGAACAGGCCAAGCGCCGGGCUGAAAUAGCCAGAUUGGGAGAGUUGCACAAUCUAAGGGGACACGUAGAAUCAAUGAUGAGGCUUAAAAAUUUGGAUAACAGUGUAAUCCAAUCAGCUCAUACAGUAUGAAACGUGGAGAAGUUUACCAAUGAUACAAUCUCUAAUAUAAAGCGAGGAAUGCUGCAAGAACUCGUGAUUUUUCAUUUUUGAAUUCUGAGGGAAGAACCCAUAUUUAGUCCCUUUUUUUUUCCCUUUCAAUUCCAAUUUUUAGUCCUCCUUCAAAAUUUUAUCAUAAGCUUCGGAAAUGUUGUAUACAGAAUUAUUGUUGAGAAACUCGCACAAGAAUAAGCUUUCCAAGAGCCUAGGAGCUGAAUAACAUAGCCCAAAAUAAUUCCCUUGUC